UUCGUUAGCGCCUUCAGGUAUAGGGUGUGGAGCAGGGAGGCGGAAAACACGUAGACAUGGGACAUCUUUCUGUAGAGUAAACGUGGACGGUUUGAACGUGAGGGAUGAAGAUGACAUAAAAUCAAAAUAAAAAAAGCAGUCGGAUUAUAGUCAAUAUGGGCGUGUGCUGUCGGAGUCUGAAGGAUGCCAAGGUCCUGAUGAAGAUGGGUUUGGGCCUGGUGCUGGUGGGUCACCUGAACUUCCUGUUGGGGGCACUGGUGCACGGCACCGUGCUGCGUAACGUCAACGUGAACCUUCAUACCACCACCAUCGAGUACGCCAUCGCCAACGUCAUCGCCCUCGCCGCCGGCCUCGUGGCGGUUAUAGGUGGGAUCUCAGCCAUCACGCUGUCUAAAAACAUGAAGAACCAGCCCUUGAAAUGGUCGUUGUUGGUGGUGAGCCUCGUGACCUGCUUUCUCGGCACAGCCUCCGUCGUCAGCGUCCUCGUCGCCGUGCUUACGGCCAUCAACUUCGACGGCUUGAACCUGCUCAGCCAGUGCAUGCUGAAUAGCACCUUCAACACGUACAGCAUAACCAACGAGUGUCCGUUCGACCCCACGCGCAUUUACGGGACGACCCUGACCCUGUGGAUUCUGCUCAUCAUCAUGUCGGUGGUGGAGGUGGUGUUCUCGGCUCGCUGUUUUGCAGCCUGCACCGCCUUCCUGCGUCUCCCGUGCCCCUGGAGGACGAGACCGAAAAAAUCCAGGGUACGUUUCCGUGCGCCGAAGAACUCCCCUCCGUCGUCACCGGUCCGCUCCCAGGGUGAGGAGUUUCCCGCAGAGCAGCAUGACCUUCUGAGCAUCGCCUCGCCCACUGAGGAAAACAGCUGGAUGUGAGCCGAGCUUGAGCCGUGAGCCGCCUCGCCUUCACCUUCCUGUGUACGUACAGUCGGGCACAAAUGUCUUAGUCCAGCACCAGGAACCAAUCAGAAUCCAGAAUUUAACAGCGCUGUGGCAUGGAACUAUGUGCAGGAGUGUAAAGGUUACUGCUUGAGAAAAAUAUAUAUGCGGGGGGGAAAAAAUUAAUUAUUCAAAUGUAUAUGAUACUGAAAUGGAUUUUAAUUCCUUAUGAGAAUUUCUCUAACAGCUAAAGAUGGGAAAUGAAGUAAAGUAUGAAAUAUAUCGAGUUCUUGAUGCUGGACUUGGUGCUCCGUUAAUAUUGGCACCCUUGGUAAAUAUGAGCGAAGAAGACUGUGAAAAUUUGUCUUUAUUAUUUAACCUUUUGUUAAAAAAAAUUCACAAAAAUACUCUGCUCUCAUGGAUAUCAAACAAUCACAAGUGCAACACAGCUUUAUCCAGGGGGGAAAAAAUCUUUGUUAAAUAUAAGUGUGCAACAAUUAUUGGCACCCUGUUAGUCACUACUUUGUGCUAGCUCCCUUUUCCAAGAUAACAGCUCUGAGUCUUCUCCAAUAAUGCCUGAUGAGGUUGGAGAAUACACGGUGAGGGAUCUGAGAGCGUUCCUCCAUACAGAACCUCUCCAGAUACUUCACAUUUCAAGGUCCACGCUGGUGAAAUUUAAACUGUGCUCUUACAUUAUAUAACUGUGCAUGAUAUUUCGUAAUAAAUAACAUAAAAGUCUUAAAUGGUAUAAAAGUGUUACGAAUAUGUUUUUGUUUUUUAAAUGAGAAAAAGGCACUUUGAUGUAAAAAAAAAAGAAAAAAAAGAAAAGACAAUAGUGAUAUUUUACUCUUGAUAAUGGGACAUUGAUGACGUUUCUGUAUGACAGUGGUGAUAGUUAAGGUUCUCACAUGUGGAUAUGAAUUCUAUUAAAUGUUCACACACACUCUAGUGAUCCAGUGAUGUCUGUUUUAAUGUCUGUUUAUGCUGUUUUAAUUCAUGAUAUUGUGUGUUUUUUACUUUACUUUUUAAAUUACUCAGUCCGUAUAGGAUUCCGCAGAGUCUUUUUCUUGUGAUCGUUGCGACCACAGACGCUUGAUUUAUUUUAUUUUUUAUUUGCGCUGCAGCUUGCAGAGUUUUCGGUGCUUUUUUUUUUUUUUUUAGGAAAAUUACUCAAAACUGCGAAAUCGCACGAAAUUGUUUUGCGCGGUUUUUCUCAGUCAUGUUUGUUGGUAAACGAGACCUUUUAGCUGUACUCGUUUUCGACACACGUGAAUCGAAGAGUUCUUCGGCUGAACGUCUCGGCCCGAACCUGCGCAAAACCUGCGGUCGUUUCGGAAAAAGCGCACGCUCCUCGUAAUAUUGCAGAGUUUGCUUGCUUUUUGCGUUAAUUUCUGCGAUCGUGAUUAUAACUUUGUAACUAUGUAAUUAUAACAUUUAGUUUCAUUUUUUUGGAUUCUCUAUCUGGUUAAUUCCUUCCGCUUUGUUUUAUUCUUUGUUUAGAAUUUUUAUUUUUAUUUUUUUGGCAAACUUUGAAUGGAAAAAUACCACCAUUUGAAAUGAAUGAGUAUCGUGCAGAUGUUGAGUAUUGUAAGUAUAUAAGUUGCCUGAUUUGUAAUAGUUUGUCUCAUUUUUCAGACUGUUUUGCAUUAUUAUCAUGCUUUAACACUUACAUUUCCAUUACAGAAUGCUGUACUCGGUCUAUGAAAAUAAAUUUUAGCCCAAACUGUG